GUUGGAAGAGUUGGUAUAAAUGGAAUUUGUUGUGCGGUUAUCUACCGCACGGUUUAUUUUAUCAAGUGGAUUCACCUUCUAGUGGAUGUAAAAUGGCAACUAGCACACUGGAACUGGAUCGAGCAAUCAUGAUCGAGAAACCCUCCAUAGCAUGGUCAGAAGUAGCUGGUUUAGAAGAAGCAAAGGAAGUGCUCUUUGAAGCUAUCAUAUCGCCGAUUAAGUUCCCGCACCUGGUUGAAGGCAAGCCAGCUUCGUGCAAACGUAUAUUACUAUUUGGUCCCCCCGGGACUGGUAAAUCGUAUCUAGUGAGAGCGGCGGCUGCAGAAGCAAAUCAUUCAACUAUCCUUUCUGUGUCCGCUUCAUAUGUGAUAUCGACUUUGCUCAGUGAUUUGAAUAGAUUGAUUCAACGCAUUUCCGAUCUAGUCCACACUCAUAAGCCUUGUAUCAUAUUAGUCGAAGAAGUGGAUUCACUGUGCUCCUCUCGAUCAGAUGAAAGAGAAGAAACUCAACGCCUCAAAACUGAAUUUUUGGGUAUGAUUCAAGCUAUGCAGAGUUACAGUGAUGGUAUCUUUGUCCUGAGUGCUACCAGUACCCCAUGGAUGUUAAAUUCAAGCAUCAGACAAUUUUUCGAUAAGCGCGUUUACAUCUCACUACCGGAAGAGAACGCACGUUUUAUGAUCUUCAAAAGUAACCUAGGCAACACGGCACAUUAUCUCACAGAAGAUAAUUUGCACAUCUUGGCCGGUGAAACCAAUGGUUGUUCUGGAGCUGAUAUCGUCGUAGUGGUUCGAGAUGCCUUAAUGCAACCUGUGCGUGAAAUUCAGUCUGCAACGUAUUUCAAACAAGUCAGCGGCUCGUCGCCGAUCGAUAAAACAACGGUUUGUGAUGAUCUGUUGGCUCCAUGCAGUCCUGAUGAAUCAGGCGCAAUCAAGAUGUCUUGGAUGGAAAUGCCAAGCGACAAAUUAUUCCUUCGUCCGGUGACAAUGACUGACAUGCUGAAAUCGCUGCACGGCUUCAAACCAGCCGUUGGAGAUAUGGAUAAGUUUGACAAAUUCAGAGAGGACUUCGGCCAGGAAGGAUAAUGGCUCUUAUUCUGCGAUUCGAGUGACGUGACAACUUUUUUUUUCACUUAAUUGAGCAGGGAAAUAAGAUUCAUAUUCAUAGUCAUAAAACCUCCUCAGUAUUUAUGUUGCCAAGUUUUUUUUCAUAUUUGGAUUUUACAAUAAAAUUUUCUUCUUAGGGUAUGGGAGGGUGUUUUCAGCAGGUUUAUAAAUUCAGCCUAUUUGACUUUUCUUUCGCCAAUAAAAAUACUUUGCCGACAUGUUGCACCUGGCAGCAACUUUGCGAAUCGUACGCAAAUUCGUUGUUUAAUAAUAAUUAUCCUGUACUUACUAAACGCAAUAAAAAUAAGCUUGUCAAGCAAGGAGGG